GUUUUCCAGAUUGUCGUUGUAUCCUUGGGUAAUAGAGAAUCACGGUAAUCUAAGAAUGGAAUAAGAAUCAGUGAAUUCAUAGUGGGGAGGUUUAGCUUAUUCUAUGCUAAUUAAUUUUGAGAGGGUUUACUGUCAGCUGACAAGUUACUCACGAUCCACACUUCGAAGACCGACAUUUUACACCUGUCAGCGUCCCCACGUUACCCUCAAGCCACGAUUUUAAGAAAGAAGGUCCGGCAACAAAGAAGAAAAUAUGAAUUCACUAAUCUUAUGCACUGUAUUUCUCCUGUACUUUGAAUAUUACACACACUGUGCAGAUGCAUCUCAAUAUGUCAACGUUGGCUGUUUUAAGGACAAAAGUAGGAAGGAAGCUAGAGCUCUUCCAGAACUACUAGCCAAUUAUCGAGGAAAUAUUGAUUGGAACAAUCUACAUGUGCAUGAAAAGGAAGUGGUCGAAAAAUGUGCUCAGAAAGCGAAAGAAAAGAAGUACAUGUACUUUGCAAUCCAGUACUACGGGGAAUGUUGGAGUGGAGCCACUGCACCUAAGACAUACGACCGCUAUGGUAGUUCUUCUCGGUGUACAUCUUUAGUUGGUACAGCACUCACAAAUGUCGUCUACAGAUUUGUAGGAGAUGAACAAGAGUGCGUUAGAUACAAGACGCUGAACACAGCUAGUCGCUCGGCGUCAUCAGUUCUACCCAAGGGAGUUUCUCCUGCAUGCGAUAAGGAUCUCACGACUGGAUGGUACCGCUUUCAAAAUCCUUCCGGGGACCAAAUGGCUUCUAAGUGUCCUCCAUUGGGGACAUGUGGAACUGUGGUUACUGGUUGGCUAAGCUCCCCACAUCCGAGUAUGACUGAUGGCAUUGUUAACGGUAAAGUGUGCUUCAAUUCGGGAUCAGACUGCUGUAGGUGGAAUCAAUACAUCAAGCUUAGAAACUGCGGUAGAUUCUACGUUUAUAAAUUAGCGGGUACAAAGGCUUGUCAAAUGCGCUUUUGUGGAAAUACAGUGUCGGUUUAACGGUGCUGGAAGACCCAGGACGCUUUAGGAGAAGGGUAGAACCAAGUCGAGCAUGGAUUUUAUUCCAGUAUUAGUGUUGUAGUUGAGAUAUUCGAUAUCUAGUUUAGAUAUUGGAAUCAUGAAAUAAAAACGAAGG